AUGCCAGCAACUGAUGCUCUUCGUAUAUACCCCCCUUGUGACAUCGAACACAAUGUGGAAUCCAUGGCUGACCUUUCUCCAAUACAACCCCCUCUCACCCCUGCCGAGCGGGCGAUUGUGAAAUCCUAUGGCGGCUGGACUUCCUUCAUGCAAUCCUUCGGGCUUAAGCCAUGGGACAAUGAUGACGCUGAAGAAGGAAAGAGAAUCCUGGAGGGCUUUGUUCAACAGGAUGACGACGAUGAAUGA